CUGACGCUGCUGGAUGGCUUCGACGGGGACCGCGACGUGGUGGUGGUGGGGACCACCAACCGGCCCGACGCGCUGGACCCCGCGCUGCGCAGACCCGGGAGGUUCGACCGCGAGGUUAUCAUCGGGACUCCCACGCUGAAACAGAGGAAGGCGAUUCUGCAGGUGAUCACCUCAAAGAUGCCCGUGUCCAGGGCUGUGGAUCUAGAUGAGCUCGCGCAGAUGACCGUGGGCUACGUGGGCGCCGACCUGACGGCGCUGUGCCGGGAGGCCGCAGUGCUCGCGCUCCUCCGCGCCGACAAGCACCAAGGCAGCCCUGCAAUUGAGGGAGCGGACUUCCACGCCGCCUUUAAGAAGAUCCAGCCUUCAUCGUUCCGAAGCGCCAUCGGGCUGCUGGACGUCAGGCCUGUGGACUGGGAAGAGAUCGGUGGCCUGGAAGACGUAAAACUGAAGCUGAAACAGAGCAUCGAGUGGCCCCUGAGGUUCCCACAGGCCUUUGCCCGGAUGGGCCUGAAGCCUCCCCGCGGCCUCCUGCUCCACGGGCCGCCUGGCUGCGCCAAGACCACCCUGGUGCGGGCCCUGGCCACCAGCUGCCGCUGCGCCUUCGUCUCACUGAGUGGAGCGGAGCUCUUCUCGCCUUUCGUUGGCGAUUCAGAAAAAGCCUUGGCUCAGGUAUUUCGACAAGCGAGAGCGAACACGCCCGCCAUCGUGUUUCUGGACGAAAUCGACUCGGUGGCCGGCUGGCGCUCGGCUGGUGGCGGAGCAGGCUGUGAUGUCCAGGAGCGCGUGCUGUCUGUCCUCCUGACCGAGCUGGACGGCGUGGGCCUGCGCGCCACUGAGAUGCGAGGAAGCGGGUCGGGGCAGGCGGAAUUUGAAGAAGUUCUGAAUCAGAAUGUCAUGGUCGUCGCAGCAACAAACAGGCCGGAUGUGCUAGACGACGCCUUGCUGCGCCCCGGGAGACUGGACAGGGUCCUCUACAUCCCCCCUCCGGAUCAGAAGGGCAGACUUUCCGUUUUACAGGUCUGCACGAAGAACAUGCCCUUGGCACCCGAUGUCUCCUUAGAAAGCCUAGCAGCUGAAACGCGCUUCUUCUCUGGAGCUGACCUCAGAAACCUCUGCAGAGAAGCGGCCCUGCUGGCCUUGCAGGAGGACGGGCUGGACGCAGCCGCAGUGCGUCAGGAGCACUUUCUUCGAUCGCUCGGCCCUGUGAGGCCCUCCCUGCGGCACACGGACCUGACUCCAUACGAAAACUUAUUUAAGAGAGAAGGACUUUCUACCUUGGAAGAUAUUUGAGGAUCACGCGGCUUCUCGGGGUUCACACUGGUGGAAGUGUGGGCUUACCUAUAGAUUGUAACGCUGCACUUUGAGCAGUUGUGCUUAUAUUUUCUGUAAAUUAAAGAAAAGUAAAUAAAACCUGUGCCCGACGAGCUGAGGCUUAUCUUAUCUCCGGAAGC